GAAGGAACCAAGGAGAGAGUGCAUGACUUGCCCAAAGUCACACAGCUGGUAGGAGCCACAUGUUGAAGAGCAAACUGGAAAUCCCUCAGUCCCCAUGCUGAGGAUUCACCUGCAGUCCUCAGGGGAGGCCAGGCCCCCACUGGAUGUCACAGGCCUUGGGGGCAAGGCGGGCAGAGAAGUCACGGGCGGUUUGACUGCUUGGGGGCUGGAAGAAGAAAAAGGAAGGGACCAGAGCACUAAGGUGAGGAGCACCCUGGGAGUGGAGUAGAGGUCAGGAAGCCCUGCAGCUAUGGAACUCUCAGUAUAAAUAGCCACAGACGGAGCUGGCCAUUCAGGGGCUUGCAGCUGCAGAGGGUCUGAGGACGUGUGCCCAGGCACAAGGCUGGGCAGCAGCCAAGACAGCCUGUGGGGGCUCUGAGUGGACUCUUCAACCCAUCACACAUCUCUGGAUGCUCUCUGGGCCAGCCAUGCUGCUGGGCAGCCUCCUCCUUCUGGUGGGCACCAUGACUGCAGCCCAACAGAUGGGACAGCAAGCAGGUAGCCAUAAGCUGCAGUUUCAUUUCAAGCAUGAUGAGUGCAGCUACACCUUCUUUCUGCCUGAGCCUCAGCCCUGCAGCCCGGAAUCCACCACUGUGGGGGGCUCCUGCAUCCCCCAGAAGAACCAGCCAUCCAUGAUGCACAUGAGGCUGUUAUUCCACCAUCAGAUGGAAAAGCUGGAGAAUGCACUAAGGAACAGCACACAGAGGCUGCAGAAGCUGGCAGAGAACAUCCAGACCCUCUUUGGGUCAAAGCUGCAGCAGGCCCAGCAAAAUAUAGUUCAGAACCACACGGCCCCCAUGCUGGAGCUGGACACCAGCCUCCUGAACCAGACCACAAACCAGACCCUCAAGCUGACUGACAUGGAGGCUCAGGUCCUGAACCAGAUGUCACACAUGGAGCGCCAGAUGCUGAACACUUCGCUGACCACUGACAAGCUGGAGAAGCAGCUGCAGAAGCAGAGAGGCACACUGGACCUGCUGCAUGGCCACAACAGUAACCUGGAAACUCAGUUGGACAACAUGGAGGCUCACCAGAAGGCCCAGCUGGAGGGCCUCCGCAGUGAAAAGGAGAAUUUGUGGCAGCAACUGGACCAACAUAGCAGCAGACUUGCCCGCAUCCGUCAGGGCCUGGAAGCUCUGCGCAGUAACUCCAGCCUCCUGCAGCAGCAGCACCACCAGCUGCUGAAGAGCCUGCAACUCCUCAAACGCAUGGUGGAGCAGAGCCCAGGUACAGCUGUGCAGAGGUUCCUGGACUGUGAGGAUAUCCGCAAGUUUGGGCUCAAUAAGGAUGGUGUCUACAUCAUCUUAGUGCCCAGUCUGAACCAGACCAAGAGGGUGUUUUGUGUGAUGGACGCUGAAGGUGCCUGGACUGUCAUCCAGCGCCGUAAGGACGGCACAGUGAAUUUCCAGCGGAAUUGGGAGGAUUACAAGCAGGGCUUUGGAGACCCAUCUGGGGAGCACUGGCUGGGCAACGAGGUGGUGCACCAGCUCACCAACAGCACUAAGUACUCUCUGCGAGUGGAGAUGGAAGACUGGGAUGGCAACACAUUCUCUGCCAACUUCGAGCAUUUCCAGCUGGGCAGCGAGGAGCAGUUUUACAGGAUUUUUCUGGACAAGCACAGUGGCAUGGCAUCUCCCCGGGGUCACCUGAUCAUAGGGAACAACACCUUCAGCACCCGAGAUGCAGACCAUGACAACUGUGUCUGCAAUUGUGCAGCGAUGAUGUCUGGAGGAUGGUGGUUUGAUGCCUGCGGCAUCUCCAACCUCAAUGGCGUCUACCACCCAGCCGGCCAGCACAAGCUCAAGAUCAAUGGCAUCCGCUGGGACAGCUCCUCCCCAGGCUCUACCUCCUCACUCCGCACCUCUCGCAUGAUGAUGCGGCCCUUGAACAGCUAGUGAGCACUGUGCAGAGGCCAGUCUAGGUGUCUACCCAGACAAUAAGGCCAGUAAUAGCAUCUGCACCAGGCAGAUUCCUGAAGGUGAAGAGGACUAUGCAUGUGACCCCCCAGAAGACACUGGGUGCUCAAUUAAUGGUGCUCGUGCUCCUGCAUCACGGGACAUGGACUUUUCUAGAGAUAAAACAUUUCAGUCUAAUGUCACAUGUGACCCUGACUCUGUGAAUGGUCUCGCCUAACUGACCUGACUUGUCGAACAAGGUCAUUCGGAGCCCAGUUUCC